AUGUUAACGAAUAGAACAACUAUUAGUAAUAGUAAUGACAAUAAUAAUAAUAAUAACAAUAACAAUCAUAGACGACAAUGGUCUGAAAGUAGUAUGACAAUAGAUAAAUCAAUGCGGCUUUAUAAAGAUAUAGAUUUUAAUUUACAAUUUAUUAUCUUUCAAGAAAAAAGAAAAUUCAUUUUCAUAGAUGAUGAUCGUCAACUUAUUCAAAGUUUGGUUAAUGAAUAUCUCUUGGAAGGUUCGAAUGAUGUUCUUGAUCUUAUUCGAAAUUGUCCAAAUGAAUGUUUCGAGGCACUUGCCGAUUUUAUUUGGAAUGCAGCAUCUCAAACAAUGGAUAGUAAUGAAGAUGAUCUAUCAAGUUAUAAUCAACGAGCACGUCGUCGUUUAGCAAUUAUUUUUAUUGAAAUAUUUAAAUUAUUAGCUACAUCACCUAUCAAUGGUGAUCGAUUUGAUAUUCAACAACAAAAUCGUAUUCUCUUAUUUCCUUCUUAUGCUGGUCAAUUAAUUCAUUUUGAACCUGAUAUAUAUGGCUUAAGUUGUCUUACACUUGCUUCAAUUAUUCUUAUUAAUCCUAAUAUAAUUCAUCAUCGAAUAUCACUUUUAAUUGAUGCUCUUAAACGUGCAGUCAAUCAUUUUGUUAAAGCAAAUCUUUCUUUUGAUGCACCAUCGACAUUUGCUCUUUCUAUUUAUUCAUUAUUCGAUUUAUUGUAUUUAUUAUAUCCUAAUAAUCUUCGUCGUGAACUUCAA